AUGGCUGCUAGUGCUUCUCAAACACGUGUGAAAGAAGAAGUGGAGAGAUCGAUAGAAAAGCUGGAAAAAGAAAAGCUGAGAGGGCUUCAGGCUAAGUCUCACUUGUGUGCAGCUAAAUGUUGUGAGAAUUUAACACCAAGUAAGGAGGAAGUGCAACAAUGUAUGAACAGGUGUUUUGUUCCCAUUCAACAAAUUCAAGAAUACCUCGGUAAAGAGCUUACUGGAUUUCAGGAUCGUCUUGGCCGUUGUGCUCAACAAUGCCAGGACAAAAUUCAAGACAAUGUUGACCCAACUACUACACAGUCUGAAUUGACUAAGUAUCAGGCUGAACUGGACGUGUGCGUUGAUCAGUGUUGUAAAACACAUUUGGAACUCAUACCAAAGAUGUUUGAACGAAUCAAUAAAGUAUUGUCACAAGUGCAAGAUCCCAGCCCAAGGUGACACUGGUGUGAAAUUUAGAAUGGAAAAUUAAUUCAUUAAUGUCGUUGCAACAGUUUUUAUUGGGAAAUUGUAAUUUCAGAAUCUCAGUGAUCUGCAAAACUUCAUCUUGGAGUCAACUCACAUUUCCUAUCUGCUGUCUGUGGAGCCUCUAUUUUUUGAAAGGACACUGGCAAGGCUUUUAGAAACCUUUAAUCCAAAAGAGUGACGAGAAUUUGAUUUCUUCUUCUUGUAUCAUUGCUGAAUCAAAUAUCAGGGUCAUGAGAAUAAAGGAGAUGAUUUGCAAGUAAA